AUGUUCAAGGCUCGAUUGCACGGCGUGUGUCCCUUUGCCGAUGACCCGGUAGAGGCGGCAAGACGGGCUCUACAGGACGGCAUCCUGGCGCAGCCGCUCGCUUUAGAAUCUCUUGACAGUGCUCUGUCCUCGUGGCACUACAGGUACAGUGAGCGAGCGACCCCAUGCCAGUCCCGGCAGUCAGACCGGUACGAGCCGCUGGUGGUGGCGCUGACGGGGUCGACGGGCACCGGGAAGACGGAGACGGCGUGGGUGCUGGCGGACGCCUUGCUGACCAAGCGCUGCCGCAUCACGGGCGGCACGAGGGACAUCCCCAGGGGACUCCUGGUGCUCAAUGGGGCGGACUACAUGGUUGCAUCGAAGGUGGAGGAGUACCAGAGCCUGAUACGGAGGAAGCUUGGUCAGCGGCUGGAGUACUGCGGCGGCAACGUGGUCGUCUUGUUCGAUGAGCUGCAGAAGGCCGCCCCGGGGACGCUGGACGCGCUAGCCGAGGCGAUGUCGGAGCAUCCUCGAGUGACCUUCGAGCGGGGAGGUCAGAGCGUGUCUGUGGACAGCAGCAGGGUCGUCUUCCUCCUCGUGUCGGACGUUGGGGCCGAGGGCGUCAACGCGGCGGUGCUCAGGUACCGGAAACGCUCCGACGUGGUUCCGGGAGCUCUCCAAUCGGCGGUCAAGAGGAGCCUGGACGAGCAGUGGGAGCGGUUACGGUUCGGCAAGAUGGUGGACAAGGUGGUGCCUUACCUUCCCAUGGACCCCACCAGCAACCUCCUCGUCGUAGAGCUCAAGCUCAAGAAGCUGGCCGAGACCCUCGACGGGGGCUUGUACACGACAUCUGGUCUGCGGUGGCACCUGGUCCAGCCCCAGUACGUCCAGUACUCGAGUUACCACGUGACGCUGCCCAACGACGGAAGGGAAGAGAUAAUCCGGCACCAGCUCGCGGCGUACGGGGCUAGAGACGUGGAGAAAGUGUCCAUGCGAAGGCUCACAGGCGCCAUACGCAACCACGUGCUCAACCCCACGUGCGCGGCAACGGACGAAGGCGCAGAAGAAACAGGGUCCCCAGCGGGGGAGGGUAGGGUAGGAGGGGGGGAACGACCAGGGCAAGGGGGCUAUGGCGGCAGCAGUAGCAGUAGUAGGGGUGGCGGCGGCGGUCGGUGCUGGAGCGAGCCGUUCAUGGUGGACAUCCGGUACGACGCCUCGACAGAACAGGUGUCUUUCCACCGGUGUGAACCGGACUACGCCCACGGCCUGACGGAGCUGCAGCGGGAGCACCCGGACGUAGUGGAGGGGCCCAAGUGCGACCUGGCUUGGAGAGGGGUAUUGCACGAGCACGGAGCUCUCGCCUAAAACGUUUUCUGCCUGCCCUCGCCUCCUCCUCUUGCCCUUCUGACGUGUGUCGGCUUUGGGGGUCGAUGCGGUCCUUUUGUUGGUUGAUGUGUUUGUGGGUGGCUGGUGAGAUCACCAAGUUCUUCGUACGUGCAUGAGGGGGUUUGCCGUCUUCUCCCUGCGAUGCUGAUGCUGAUGCUGAUGCUGAUGCUGAUUCUGGUGUUGUUGUCGUUGUUGUUGUUGUUGUUGUUGUCGUCGUGGUGGUAGUGAUCGAUGCGUGAUCGAUCGUGCACAAGGGGCGGAAAGGAAGGACGGCAGGGGAUGAAAAACGCGUCGCAGCAGAGAGAGGAUUUAGCGUCAUGGCUCCCUCGGAAGAAAAAAAAAGGGAGUUGGGCGGUUAUUCCACCGUCGUUCCCCCCCACGCCUCAGCAAUGUCUACUUGCCCGGGAAUACCUCGCCUGCUCCCCCACAACAAAGCCACAGCUUCCGAUCAGUAGGUGGUGCGGCUGGGCGGACCGGGUGGUAGAUGUUGCCGACGUGAAUUUGAGAGCUGUUUUACCAACGCUAUCGGUCGACCCAAAGUGUCUCCGUCUGGGUUGCACUUUGUUUGUUGUUUCAUGCCAGUAGGAAGACGAAGAAAGCGUUUCGUGGUGCCGGCCCCAGAGUUUGUUCUGUUUUACGCGGGUGCGUCGUGUCCACGACAAAUGGCACACUCGGUCGUUGCGUGCGUUCAGCGCGAAGCGAAAGGCACACCAGUUGCGAUAGUUAGGCGUCUUCUUGUACCUGCCGCCAGAAGCUAGGCCGGGGAAUAAAGACGAAAGUAGCACCUGUUGUCGUCGUCGUACCAACGCUCACGCCCGUCGUCCGGGUUGAGGAUGGACCGGCGUAAAUUUUGCGGGGAGAAUGGGUUUGGGUCCUCCGUUUUACAUUGGGCUCGUUCGAUCGUAGUGUUGAGGCCAUGCGCGUGCACGCCCUGCCAAGUUCAAACCGUUACACAGGUUGCCAAACUCGAACCAUUACCUCGACGUUAUCUUAUGCAUCCGACUUUGUUGGUCGUCAGGUGUGGUGUUAGAAGAGGGGCGGUAAUGUUCGACUGCUGCUCGCUGGCUCGUUUUGUUCUAGACCGUUGACCACGCAUCUUAUAUAUAGUCUAGAUGGAACAGGGCCGUUCCAAACACCGUUCCUAGAACCGUUCCUAGCACAGUUCCUAGCACAGUUUGUCCAUAGUUGGUCCGGGUCCUGCCGACUUGUGGUCCAGUUU